UCCAGGAUAACCUUCCAUCUACAUUGUAGGGGAAAAUAAACAGCAGCCAACUUAUUCUGUCCAGCUCAAGUCCAAGAGAAGGUCAUCCAAUCUGGAUUGUGUGUGUAACAUUUAAAAGUUGUACAGAGCAAAAUACUGAUUGAGUAGGAAAAGGAGUUUGUUUGAAGUCCAGAUUUUUUUAAUCCAUCGUGCGCCAACUGCUAUGGCUCCGGAGCUAAUGACUGUCAUCUGGGUUUCAGUGUCCUGUGUAGCGUUUUGUACUGUGAUUCUGAUGCUGGUGGUGGUCCUCUACAGAAAAGAUCCUCUCUGCUGCGGGUUAAGAGUUCACACGACACACGACUAUACAGACGAUCUACCCCACUAUCACAGCUGGCAAUCUCUGAUAGGCAUUCCUCAUAAUGAACGCAGUGCUGCUUUGAACCAGGCAAUGGCUGGACCACAUCAUCCCGGAGCAGUGUACAUCAUAGGGAAGCCCAGCGACUACCAUUUGGAUGGUCCUCUGCCACGGCUCCCUUCUUACGAGAGUGUGAGGAAGAAGGACAGGCAGAGGCAGAUCCACAGCAUGAUUGCUCAGCGCUUUGGCCUUGCCGGCUGCCACAAUGAGCCCCCUCCAACGUAUGAGGAAACAUUUAGCCAGUCCCUUCAAACUUCACUUUCAGUUGUCCAGCCUCUGGAUAUUCACCCGUCAAUCGAUGACACCCCAAGACUCAGCGAGGACACAAGGCACCUCUCUCAGCCCUCUUCUCUUCAACCCGUCACUCCUCGCCAUCCUGUUUAGACCAAAGAGAUUGUGUCUCUCAGAUCAGCUCUGAGUUUUUUUUUUUUUUGUCAAACCAUUUCUCUUAUUGCAGCCAUACAAGCUACACCAACAAAAAAACCUUUCAGGAGCAGAAUGGAGCUGAUAAAACAGAAUGAUUCAGAAUGUGUUCAAUGACUCUUGACUCAAGCAUUUCACUCUUCCGGACUCUUUAUUCGGUUACCGGCAGUUUCACAGUGUGCUUUUCCAAGAAUCGAAUAAUGAGAUUCAUUUAAAGCAACACUCAUGGAAGAUAAAUCCAGGUCAUUCAAAUACUUUUAUUCAAGCGAUCGCUAGAUAAAUCCAAAACGUUCUUUACUUUCAAACACUUGAAAGCGGUGAAACAUGGAGACUGUCAAAGGAUAAAUCUAAGCAAAGACUGAAGGCACCUUAGCUCCAUGACAUCAGAAAGUAAAGUAUUGUAUUUAACAUUUUAUUCUGGCCUCAAACGUGUGAAGAUAUACUUGUUCUUACUAAAUUAUUUAAAUAGAACUAAUGUUCAUAAGAAUACAGCAUUUCUACUUUCUAUUAGGGGAUUUUUUGAGAAAAUAAUGAGUAGAUGAACCUACUAUCAUCAGUUGCAGUAGUUCAUUAUAAACUCUGGUUUAACAAACUGUAAAUGAAAACAAUGCGUCACUCUAAUCUCUUAAAAAAAUUCCUUAAGUCACAGGGGACAUAUUAGGCAAUAAAUCAUUACAUUUUAAAAUGAUAUGGAUAGUGACUUUUUCUAAAGUAUAUUUCAAAAUCCAUGAUGUUGCUUGUAGCAUUCAUAUUUCUUUGAGGACUUGAACUACUGUUUGAAAACUUCCUUUACCAAUGACUGGGAGCAGAGCCAUUUACAUUUUUUUAGUCCUCAAAAAAGUAUUUAUUUUUCUUUCUUCAUAUGUCUGUGCUUUUUACAUGACAGAGACUUAGAAGAGUCUUAAUUCACAUUUUCAGUCUGUAAUCUAAGUAAUGACAAGCAGGACGCAGCAUUUCCUCAUGUCUUCAUUCUCCCUGUAGUCAAAAUAUAUGAAUGUCCAUAUCAAAGUGGAGAAGCAAACUACUGGAAAUAUUCAGAUACAAGCAGACUCCUUUUUAGUUAGUUCCAGCUAUUUGUAUCUGUUACAGCACAUCUUGUUUUGCCCAUUGAGAAACAUUGUGUUGGACUAAAAAGGCUGAUAAAAGGAAAUGAUACCCAUAACAUAAAAAUAACUAAUUAACUAUAUAUUUCCCAAUAGCUGUAAAGUAUUGGGUAGACAUGAAAAUGAAAGCACACUGCACAAUACUAACAUAACAUCCCACAUAGUACUAUACUCUGUCAUUAUUGUAAGAAUGCCUACAGGCUGUUUUUGUUAUCAUUAUUUAUCUCUGUAUGCGUCUCACUCAUACCACGUUUCAUCCGAUAUGAUCAAGGUGUCAAAUUGUUGACAUGUAAUGUCAUUUGGUGUUAAAAAUCUUUUAGGUUUUUGUGAUUUUUUUUACUCUUGUUGAAAUGAGUGAAGAUUUGUUUUGUUUUUCCCCUCCUUUAUUAAGGUUUUCCCCUUUUAAAAUCUUGAAAAUGUUUGCUUAUUUCUGAGUUUGGAAUGGAUUCCACGUGGAGAGGAGCUAGUUGAGGUGGCCUGCAACUGUUGUUGCCAUUUUCUAUGGAGUAAUUUAUACUCAUGUUUAGUUAUUAUUUUUGGAUGAUUUUGGUUCUAUGUUUUCAUAGAAUAUUUAUGAUUGCAGUUUCACUAAGUUAUUGCUUUGCUAGUUUAUAAUUGAUUUUAGUUUAAUCUGCAUUUAUUUUAAUGUUUAAAAUGAUCUUGACUAAAUAGCCAAUAGAAUGAUAACGUUCGGAGAUGGCGCUUUUGGCGAAUGUAAACUGACGUUUUUUGUCUAUUUAGAAUUUUCAGUAAAGACGGGGUGAACACAC